CACAUGCAGCCGCUCAGAAAAUGCUGGCUACAUUGAUGAAGUGCUUUCACACAUUUAUAAAUACAGAGUUACCUUGUAGUACACCUCUGUGGUUUUCUUUGGACCAGGAGCUCCUCACGUGCAAGGCCAUGUCUUACUCAUCUUUAUCUCCACUGUGGGCAUGGUGCCUAACAGCUCCUAGCAAAUAGUAGGUGCUCAGCAAACGUUUGCGUGGUUAAGCCCACCAUUUCUCAGCACAUGACUCGGUAGGAAAGGAUUGGGAGAGUAAUACGCGGGAUUACUGACGGAGAAAAAGUUGUGAACUCAUAACACAGUUCGUGGGCGUGAUUAGUGUGGAAAACGGCAGUUUGCUGGGAAAGUAAUUUAGUUCCCUCGGUUCAGGCUGGGAGGAUUUUUCACAAGUGGCAAGGAGGAGGCUCACGUGAACCACAUACAGGUGCUUCUCACUGAAACGCACAACAAAUCUAGAGCCAAGUGUAAUAACGAAACGAGCCCCAAGAAGUUUAUUUAAUGCCCAGGGGUCCUCAAGUGGUCACUGCCAGGCUCUAGCAUCCUGUCCAGCAGGCCUUUCUCCUCCUUUCAAAUCUUGCUGGGCGACUCCUGAAAAGCAAAAGUAGGAAAGAAACUAGGGGCUGAGGAUGGAGGCCUGGACAGAGGGCAUCUCUCCUGCUCUGGCACCCGGGAGUCUGCGAGGGCUUCGGAAGCGCAGUGUCUCACUGUCUCGCAUCCCGGACCCGGACGCAUCCUGCGGCAGCGGUAAUCCUGGUCCUUCUGGGCUUCCAUAGGUCGGAAUAAACUUGGGAACCUUUCGACCCGGAAAGCUCAGUGUUUUAAAAUUCAAAUCACACCUGCCGACGCGAGAGCGAAACCCUUCAGGCCGACUCAAUCCUAGCUGCUCGUUAACUAAAACCGCGAAGACAACACAGUCUCCAAUCCAAACGCCAGGAGGCCCAACUCCGGAGCCGACGCCGGAAGCGCUGUACCUGACGUUACUUCCGUCGCGUUUCGGGGCGGUACCAAGAUGGACUCUUCACGGGCCCGGCAACAGCUCCGUCGGCGAUUCCUCCUCUUGCCGGACGCCGAGGCCCAGCUGGACAGCGAGAGUGACGCCAGGCCGGAAACCUCCACAGCUGUUGAGAAAAAGGAGAAACCUCUUCCAAGACUUAAUAUCCAUUCUGGAUUCUGGAUUUUGGCAUCCAUUGUUGUGACCUAUUACGUUGACUUCUUUAAAACUCUUAAAGAAAACUUCCACACUAGCAGCUGGUUUCUCUGUGGCAGUGCCUUGUUGCUUGUCAGCUUAUCAAUUGCGUUUUACUGCAUAGUCUACCUGGAAUGGUAUUGUGGAAUUGGAGAAUAUGAUGUCAGGUAUCCAGCCUUGAUACCUAUUACCACUGCCUCCUUUAUUGCAGCAGGAAUUUGCUUCAACAUUGCUCUAUGGCAUGUGUGGUCAUUUUUCACUCCGUUGUUGUUGUUUACCCAGUUUAUGGGGGUUGUAAUGUUUAUCAUACUUCUUGGAUGAUUUCUGAAGUAUCUAGUUUGAGACACUAAGAUGGAUAAGACAUCAGUUUGGAAAGAGACCACAUCAGUGCAACAUGAAUUCUGCUAAAAUCGAAGCAAGAACAAACAUCAAUUUAUUGUGAAGCUUGGGUGAAAAAACGGUGAAAUCAUUAAUGCUUCACGAAAAGUUUAUGGGAACAAUGCCCCAAAGAAAUCAACAACUUACAAAUGAAUAACUUGUUUUGAGAAGGUAUCAGAUGAUGUUGAAGAGGAAGCCCUCAGUGAGAGACCUUACACACGAAUCUUUGAGGAAAAAAUUAAUCUUGUUUAUGCCCUAAUCAAAGAGGACUGAUGAUUAACAGCAGUUAACAACAGCAGAAACAAUAACCAGUGUCAUAGACACUGAACACUUGGUUCAGGUUACACAAUUCUGACUGAAAGCAAACUUUCCCACUUGAUGGGCACCAAAACUGUUGUGCCCAGAUCAACUGCAAACAACAGCAGAGCUUUCAAUGGAAAUUUUAAACAACUGGGACCAAAAUCCUGAAGCAUUUGUUAAAAUAAUUUGCAACAGGAUGUGAAACAUGGAUUUCCUAGUACUAUUCCUGAAGACAAAGCACAAUCAAAGCAAUGGCUACCAAGAAGUGGAAGUGCGCCACUCAAAGCAAAAGCAGACCAGUCAAGAGCACAGGUCAUGGCAACAGUAUUUUGGGGCUCAAGACACUUUGCUUGUUGACUUUCAGGAGGACCAAAGAAUGGUAGCAUCUGCUUAUUAUGAGAGGGUUUUGAGAAAGCCAAAACUUUAGCAGAAAAUUCUUGGGAAAGCUUCGGCAGAGUCCUCCUCCACCACGACAAUGCUUCUGCUUAUUCCCGUCAUCAAGGGCAAUUUUGGGAGAAUUUUGGUGGGAAAUCAUUACAGUCCCAAUUUGGCUCCUCCUAACUUCUUUUUGUUUCCUAAUCUUAAAAAUUCUGUAAAGGGUACCCUUUUAUCUUCAGUUAAUGUGUAAAAGACUGCAUUGAUAUGGUUAAAUUCUCAGGACCUUCAGUUCCUUAGGCAUGGGCU